UGUGGGCGUGAGUCCUCGCCCACAUCACCUAUCUCCUCACCUCCCACACCCCCCCGGUCGCCUCACCGCCCACACCACCCGUCUCCUCACCGCCCACUCUACCCGCUACCAUGGCGCCCGCACCGACCAUAAUUGAGGACUUCGAACUGGAGGUGCUGGAGUUGGUGGAGGAGCGGAGUCGCCGCGUUCGAAAACGUAGCAAUGGCGGCGGAGCGUCGAGCACCACCAAGGGCGAUGUGGUGCAGGGCGACCCCAAGGCCGCCGCCCACGGUGGGCUUAGGGACAUGGUGAUGGAGGGGUGGGCGGCCAAAGUGGGCGUUCCGACGGGUCCCGCCCCCUCCAAGGCUGCCUUCAUGAAACCUAUCGAUAGCACUCUGAAGCCUCAGAGACCCGCAUCCAUCUAUGCCAAGUUGUUUGGCAUCUUCAAUGUGUCGACCGCCCCGAGUGAGACAGAGAGACGCAUCAUGGCUAACAACCCGGAGUUCAACGCUCAGUUCAACUAUGCGAAAAACUUCAUCAAAACGUCGAAGUACACAAUGCUGAACUUCAUCCCAUACAACCUUUUUGAGCAGUUUCAGCGUCUGGCCAACUUCUACUUCCUGUGUUUGCUGGUGCUGCAGCUGAUCCCCGUCAUCUCCUCCCUCUCCCCCAUCACCACAGCCGUCCCCCUUAUUGGGGUACUCACCGUCACCGCCGUCAAGGAUGCCUAUGAUGACUUUCAACGCCAUCGCAGCGAUAGACAAGUUAAUCGGCGGAAAUCCAACGUCUUAAGAAAUGGCCAACUGGUGGAGGAGUACUGGAGCAAGGUGGUGGUUGGCGAUGUAAUCCGUAUGGAAAAUGACCAGUUUGUGGCGGCCGAUGUGCUCCUGCUCUCCACAUCUGAACCAAACGGCCUCUGUUAUAUUGAAACGUCAGAGCUGGAUGGAGAAACAAAUCUUAAAUGCAAGCAAUGCCUGCCUGAGACAGAAGACCUUGGACAGGAUACUAGUCUCAUUGGAGCAUUCCAAGGGGAGAUUCGCUGUGAACCCCCGAACAAUCAGCUCAAUAAGUUCGAUGGAACUUUACACUGGGAGGGCAACAUGCACUCGCUAGAUAAUGACAAAAUCCUCCUCAGAGGGUGCAUACUGCGGAACACACACUGGUGCUAUGGAGUGGUUAUAUUUGCUGGCAAAGACACUAAACUUAUGAUGAACUCUGGGAAAACAAAGUUCAAACGCACAAGUAUUGAUAGAUUGUUAAAUUUCAUUAUUUUAGGGAUUGUAUUUUUUCUUCUCUCCAUGUGCCUGUUUUGCACAGUGGCUUGUGGUAUUUGGGAAACUCUCACAGGUCAGUACUUCAGAGUGUACUUGCCUUGGGACUCGCUAAUACCACCAGAUCCUGCAGGUGGCGCUACUGUGAUAGCCCUUCUGGUCUUCUUUUCAUAUGCUAUAGUCCUGAACACCGUAGUGCCUAUUUCUUUAUAUGUUAGUGUGGAAGUGAUUCGGUUAUGCCAGAGUUUUCUCAUCAACUGGGAUGAUGCUAUGUAUCAUCCACCGAACAAAACACAUGCCAAAGCCCGUACAACCACUCUCAAUGAAGAGCUUGGGCAGAUAGAGUAUAUAUUCUCUGAUAAAACUGGGACUCUCACACAGAACAUCAUGGCAUUCAACAAGUGUUCCAUAGCAGGUCGCAGUUAUGGGGAUGUCAUUGACCCCAGAACAGGUGACCUCUUGGAGAUCAAUGAGUCAGGGACAGUGGUCAGAAAGAAAGCAAAGAAGCGAAAACGGAAUCAAGAAGUGGAUUUGAUGACCUGCGGGGAAGAGGGCAUGGAUGAAACUCAGGUCAAUCUGCUUAGUGCUGAGGCUAGUUCAGAUGCUGAUACAAUGAUGGAGCUGCAAGCAUUGAAAUCCAGUAAUGAUCCAAGCCUUGGUGACAAUGCUAAAGCCAUAAGCUCGAAGCAUUGUUACUCUGAUAGUGUACCGAGUCUGUCGGCUUCCACACAUGACCCCAACACUCUACCACCAUUAUCAAGGCCAGUGGAUUUGUCUCGCAAUCCAUAUCAUGAGGCAAACUUCAAAUUCUAUGAUCAGAGCUUGGUGGAUGCACUAGAUGCUAGUGAUCGUAACUGUGAAGGUUUCUUCCGACUACUUGCUCUUUGUCACACUGUUAUGCCUGAAGAGAAGAAGGGGAAAUUAGAGUAUCAAGCACAGUCCCCUGACGAAGGUGCCUUAGUGUCUGCUGCAAGAAAUUUUGGCUUUGUUUUCAAGUCUCGCACACCAAAUAGUAUUACUAUUAUCGCUAAGGACAUACCAGAAACUUAUGAAUUGUUAUGCAUUCUGGACUUCAACAAUGUUCGGAAGCGCAUGUCUGUAAUAUUAAAAAAAGAUGGGAAGAUACGUUUAUAUUGCAAAGGUGCUGAUUCUAUUAUCUAUGAAAGAUUAAAAGAUGGACAAGAUAGCUUCAAACGUCUUACUCAGGAACACUUGGAUAGUUUUGCUGGAGAUGGUCUACGAACGUUAUGUCUUGCAUACAAGGACUUAGAUGAAGAUUACUUUCAGAACUGGAAGUCCCGCCAUCAUGAAGCUGCAGUGUCCUUAGAAUCAAGAGAAGACAAGCUUGCUUGUAUCUAUGAAGAAAUAGAAAAAGAUCUUGUACUUUUAGGAGCAACAGCAAUUGAAGAUAAACUUCAAGAAGGUGUUCCGCAGACUAUAGCCAACUUAGCUGUUGCAGGCAUCAAGAUCUGGGUUCUCACUGGGGAUAAACAAGAAACAGCAGUUAAUAUUGGAUACUCGUGUCAGUUGCUGACUGAUGAGAUGGUUAAUAUAUUCAUCAUUGAUGCUCAAAGUGCCUCAGAAGUUGAAGAACAGCUGCAGAAAUUUCGUGAGGAAAUCCGAAGAGCUUACUACAAUGGUAUGGACCAGGAGGGGCGAAGUAUGGCGGACCAGCAGACAUUUGGUAGUGUUGUAGCCACAAUCCUUGUCAUUGUGGUCACCAUGCAGAUUUGUCUGGACACAUCUUACUGGACCAUAUUUAAUCACAUUACCAUAUGGGGCUCACUUAUAUUCUACCUGCUGCUCCAAUAUUUUUACAACUAUGUCCUUGGUGGAGAUUAUGUUGGAUCUCUUGCAAAGGCAAUGGGAGAACCGAUGUUCUACUUCACCUCAUUGUUGACUAUUGUGAUACUAAUGCUGCCUGUAAUGGCUUGGCGCUUCUACUGGGUGGAUGUUGCCCCAACUCUCUCUGAUAAAGUUAGAUUCAAACAACGCAAUGAUGCCAAGUUGGAAAGCAAACGCACGGAACAUGACAUGCUCCGUACUCCGUCUGCAAGAAGAUCUCGUAGGUCCAUUCGGUCUGGUUACGCCUUUGCUCACCAGGAAGGAUUUGGGCGUCUCAUCACAAGUGGCAAGAUCAUGCGUCCCAGAAACCCGAAGGCUGGACACGUGUCCAAUGGCAGAGCUUCCAAUUUUCGUCCAGAUAUUAGUAAAGUUAUGAUGGCGGCACCAUCACCUUCAACUGUGGAGGUGUAAAUAUUAUUUUGUACUUAUAUGCAAGGUGUUCUCAUUGAAGAACACCAUAUCCAUAAGGUGUUCUUAUCAAAACAUCUUAGUCACAAUGUGUUCUUAUUGAAGUACAUCAUAUCCAUAAGGGUGUUCUUAUUGAAAUGUCUUAUUCACAAGGUGUUCUUAUAGAAGAACGUCAUAUCUAUAAGAUAUUCUUAUCAAAACAUCUUAUUCACAAGGUGAUCUUAUCAAAAACAUCUUACUCACAAGGUGUUCUUAUCGGAGGACUUUUAUUCACAAGGUGUUCUUACUGAAGAACAUCUUAUUCACAAGGUGUUCUUAUCAAAAAACAUCUUAUUCACAAGGUGUUCUUGUAAAAGAACAUCUUAUUCACAAGGUGUUCUUAUCAAAGAACAUGAGUUUGAUUUGAAUGUUUGUUUUUGUAAUUUAGGGAAUGCCCUUUACCUAUUUACAUAUUACAAAAAUGGUGCCAAUAGUUUUAAUUUUGUUUUGGGAAGAUGUUUUGAACAUUAUUAUUUAAAUUUUCUUUGAGAUUUAUUUUCGUAAUUGCUUGUAAUUUCUAUAAUAGAAAUGGAAUUGUAAUAUAGUUAUAUAAAACAUUGUAAAUUUACCUGGUGGUUCACCAUAUAUGUGUGUGAACCUUCAGCAAGAGAAGGUAUGGAUGCGGCUUUGCAUAUUUCCUAUGACGCUGAGAAUCAUGAUUGCGUAUGUUUAAUGUUUCCGAAGUGUUGUAAUGUUGUUGUUGCCUUUGCACCCCACUAUAUAUAUAUGGUUGAGGUGCCUCUCAUAAGUGUACUUACAAUAGAGUUCUCAGGUUUACUUCCUUAAUUGAUCAUAAUAAAGAACUUUUAAUUUAAUUUCUGAUGAAAGAACAAAGAGUGAUUCCGGUGGUUGUAUUUAUAUGAUGGUCUGACUGAAGGUGAAUUCAGAUAUGAAUUUUAUGAAUUUCUUCUUUUUUUACAUACAUUUUCAUGACUUUAAUUUAUGUACUUCCCCAAUUCAGAAGUAUUAGGGCUUGUACUGCUUUCUCUCUCUUUACUUGAGUUGAUCUACUACUAAAAUAUCUUUAGUAUCUUGAGAAGUAUAUGAUUUAUUUUGGGAAAACCUAAGUUUUUUGUUUUUCUCUCGUGUGAAGCAAAUACUUUUUAGGAAUGGGGUAAUGUUUGUUUUACAUGUUAUACUUGCACAUUGGUGAAAAUAUCCUUAAAUGAAUGACAAUUGUAAAACAUGCAGUAAUAAUUAUUUUUUAUUAGGAAGAGUAUAAAUAUUUUAGAAUGGAUAUAUUUUAUAGUGUGAAAUCAUGAUUAUGGAAAAUUGUAUUAAUAAAACCCAUAUAUUCUUAAGAAAAUAAAUGAAGACUCAAUCAAUUUUAACAUUUAAUUUCAUCACACUAAUGUGAUGGGUGCAUGCAAGCCAUAUUUUUUCCUAUGAAAAUGUUGUUGUUAUUGGUUGAUCUUUAUACAAGAAAACUGAUAAUAUUCAUAAUCUUACAUACAGUACUUAAUUUCUAAUACUGAAAGAAAUGGCAUACCAGUUGAUAAACAAUUGCAUUAAAUUUACUUCAUAUUACAGAGAAAGAGCAAUGAUUGUCAUUACAUGGUAUAAUCAUUAUAGAAUGCCACUAUUAAAAUGGAUUUAAUAUUAUAAAUAUCCACUCGAUUUAACUCAAUUUUAUUUACCGAUCUGUUGGUUCCAUCGACCGGUUUGGGAGACCGGUAUCUGGAGCCUUAAUUACCGGUCUUGCGGUCGAUACAACCGUAGGUCGGUAUUGGGUUUGUUUUGGCAUCGGCACACUCUCACAUGGCAAGCAGGCCAACGACCACGAUCGUCCAGAGUUGUAAAUUAUAUCUUAACUUUCUUUUAAAAUGAUACAGUUUAAUGAAGGAAAUUCUAAAUUACUAAUAAAAUAUAUUGAAAUUUUUUUUAUUAAGCAA